GGAGGAGUAGCCUGCCUGUCUGAGCAGUGUGUGAUGGGACUCUGUAUCCCAACAUCCAUUGCAGCCCCGCCCCGAGUUAUCUCACUGACGGUCAGUGGGGAGGCCUCUGUCCAUCUAGCUACAUCAAAAACUUGAGCACUGUGCGAAUAUAUUGUGGCCCUCUUGGGUGUUACAAUGGAGCCAUCAGUAAGUGCUACGAUAUUUUUGUCGAGCAACCACACCCAGAAUUCAACAGGAGGUGGUUGUCCAUGGGAGGUCAGCGACAAGGCCAGACUGUGCCGCUUCCUGUGCUAUGGCUCAGAGGGAGAUGUAUACACUGCCAGAGAAGAGGGUCAUGUCAGCAUGGAAAGUGCUGGAGCUCUGCUCUCCCUGCUGCAGGAGGGUCGAGGUGCUGAGGUGGUGGAGGAGAUAAAAAGGUUUGCUCAGGAUGGGCGAGCUGUCAGACUCGGCCCCUCCUUUUUUGCCUUAGCUUUGUGCUCCCAGCACUCAGAGCUGAAGACGAGACAGGCAGCGUUUAAAGCCGUGAAGGAAGUUUGUCGGGACCCUGCCCACCUGUUUUCUUUCAUUCAGAACAAGAAGGAACUGAAAGAGGGGAUGAAGUGUGGGAUUUGGGGACGUGCCCUGAGGAAAACAGUGUCUGACUGGUACAAUGAGCAAGAUGCUAUGAGUCUGGCUGCGGGUGUGACCAAAUGUAAACAGAGAGAAGGAUGGUCACACCAGGAUUUGCUCAGACUCUCUCACACCAAACCAGCUAAUGAAGCAAUUGCCUUGAUCUGCAAAUAUGUAACAAAAGGAUGGAAAGAAGUUCAGGUUGCUUACUCGGACAAAGAGAACUCUGAAGAGGUUGCCAAAGUGCUUUCGUAUCUUGAAGUAGUGGAGAAGGUCAAGCACAGUUGUGAUGAAACGGAGGUCAUCAAUUUAAUUGAGGAACACAAACUGGAGAGGGAACAAAUGCUGACAGACCACCUGAAGUCCAAACAGGUAUGGAGAGCUUUGUUGAAGGAAAUGCCUCUCCAGUCAUUGUUAAGGUUCUUGGGUAAGAUGACGUCUGACAAAAUUAUUGAACCUGGAAGUUCAGAAACACAAGCUGUGUGUGACAGAAUCCAGUGUGACACGACACUAAAGAAGGCAAAAAUCCACCCUUUCAGCCUACUAUUGUCUUCUGAAAACUACAAAAGAGGCCAAGGCUAUCAGGGUAAAAGAAAAUGGGAACCAGACAACAGCAUCCUCAAAGCAAUAGACUCUGCCUUUUACAAGAGUUUUAUGAAUGUGGAGCCAGUGGGGAAACGCUUUGUAGUGGCAGUAGACGUGAGCACAUCACUGAGUAGCAUUGUCCCAGGGACGUCCAUCAGCACUGCUGUUGCUGCUGCAACUAUUACCAUGAUUUUUACAAGAGCUGAGUCAGACACGCAUGUGCUGGCCUACUCUGAAGGGGCUUUGGUUCCAUGCACUGUCUCUGCUGACAUGACUCUGGCACAAACAACAGCUGAACUGGUUAAGAUCCCAGGUGGGAGCACAGACUGCACCCUUCCCAUCACCUGGGCCACAGAGAAUGGGAAAGCAGUGGACUUGUUCAUCAUUCUGACCAAUAGUCCGUUGUGGACAUUUUCUGCCAGCCCAGUGGAGUCUCUAAAGAACCAUAGACAAAAAACAGGAGCUAAUUCCAAGAUGGUGAUGUGUGGGCUGACUUCCAUUGGACACACCAUCGCUGACACAGAAGACAGAGGUCUGCUGAGCAUCUGUGGAUUUGACCUUGGGGCUCUGAGCGUCAUUCGUAACUUUGCCCAGGAUCUGAUCUGAUAAAGUAUUGGGACUGUUUCUGAGUCAUUGGGUCAAUUAUAGGAUAAAAGAAGGCACAAAGUGGGCCAGCGUGUCUCACUUAGCAUUUAGUGUGCCCUAAAACAGCACUAAUCCAAAAGAUGCUGACAUUUACAAUUCCGAUUUCUCUUUUUGUAUUAUGUCACAUGUCAAUUGACAAAGUGUCCAGCGGGCUGGACCACGCUCUGGAACUGUUAUGUUGGGGUUUUUUUUGUGUGUGUGAUAGUAAAACAUGAUAUUACGGCAUAUUAGUGCUUAGAUGGUUCUGGGUUAGACACUAAUCCAUUCUCCAAUAAAUUCCACUAAUUUAUAGUAAGAUGUUGGCAGAUUUAUGGAACAUUUUGCUCAAAAAUGAAAAUUCGGCAUUCUCCUGUACAACUGAAGCAACUGCGGACUUGUUAAAAAAAAUAAGAAAAACAACCAAAAAGAUGAGAUCAACUUCAGCAGAGCUCUUUCUGUUGUGUGGAACUAUUUUAUUAUUACUGUUAUCAUUACUAUGAUUAUUAUUAUUUUAAACAAGUCUCCAGCUUAUUUAGUUGUUGGGGAGUGCCACAAUACUGUUUAGUUGUGAAGCUCCAGAAAUGUUUUAUGGACUAAGAAACUUCACCUCACUUUUCAUCUGCAUGAAGAGUGAGUAGAUAAUGACUGAAUUUUCAUUUUUUUAAUAAAAUGCUCCUUGAAAUAAGAAGAACAGUGUAAAAGUUGAAAUGUUAGCAGCUUAGUACAGCUUAUUUUAUGGGGAUUUAUGAUAGUUUCUAGUAUGUAUCUAUGCUAUGAUUUCAGAAGGUUUGAUGUGAUGGUAGAUGCAUCUUAAAUUUGAAAGCCUGUCCCUCUGUUUAUGUAGCAUUAUUAUAAAUUAUAAACAGAUACAAUGUACGAGAGAGGAACUGAAACAAAACGGCAACAGUUGAAAAACUGCAGUGUGUUCUGUUUGACCAUUAAAAUUCUUUAAUUUUAUUUGGUCAGAAAAUAUUUUUUAAUAGUAAUGUUUAAUGUUUUAAUGUCCUCGCCAACUCUUGCCUUUAGCCUAACUACAUGUUUUAGUUGUAUUAACAUUUGUUUUCCCCUAGGCCAAUUUUAUUUUAAAAACAAGUUAUCUGUCCUGCUUUUGUUGAAUUUAUUCUGUACACAAAUACAACUCUUGGUGCUCUUAUAUGUGAUGAUUUGAUGAUUAUGUGUACAUUUUUGGGGGAAUAUUUGGGAUUUUUCUUUGUGAACAGUAAUGCCAAUGUUUGGGACUGAAAGUCAGUUAACUGUAAGUUGGAGAAAUGAACUGGUUCUCAUAUUCUAGUCUGAAUUCUAUGCAUUACGAUUUGGAUGUUGCUGUAUUAUUAUGUCCAAGAAGGACAAAUCAUAGCUAUUUAACAACUGUUUACCAGGACUGAAUCUGCUAGCACAUUUUUCUGUAUUUUUGAUGUAAGAAUGUUUGUUAAGCAAAAACUAACACAGAAUUGCUACCUACCCACAAUAAAUUGAAUUGAAUGUACUUUUGUAAGAAAAAAAAAUAACUGUAGACAAGUACACUGCUUUAUAUUUGUUAAAACAAAGAAUCAGUUCAAACUACUCAGUAGUAGGGACCAAUUCAUUUUGCGAAAUUGAAAUGUUUUAGGCAACAGCAAAUGCUGUAAUUACUGGCAGUAAUUACACUGACAGUCACUAAACUGGUUACUUAUCAUUCUAAUGUAUGUGGAGGAUUUUUGUCCACACAUGCCGAUACUGUCCUUUUCAAUCUUACGACAAUGUUGAAAUGCCAUAAGCUAAAAUAUUUGUAUAUGACUGUUGAUACAGUUUUUGUAGCUGAAAGUGAAAAGAGAUAGUUGUGAGGUAUGGUUACAGAUGUUUCACCACCAUGAUAAACUUGUUUUCCAACAUAUUGUCUGUUGUAUUUUGCUUAACAUGAAAGUACUUGACUGUAGAGGCAAUGAAAACCCCUAAUAAACACUUUGCUGCUCCUGA